UCCACUCAAGGUAAGCAGGCUCAAAGGGAGGGCAGGCUGCAAAGGAAGCCUUUGUACCAUGAACAAGAUCCGAAAGUUUUUCCGAGGAAGUGGGCGAGUCUUGGCAUUUAUAUUUGUAGCUUCUGUCAUCUGGCUGCUCUUUGACAUGGCAGCUCUCCGCCUCUCAUUCAGUGAGAUCAACACUCGGAUCCUCAAGGAAGACAUCGUGAGGAGGGAGCAGAUAGGAUUCAAAGUUCAGCCAGACCAGAUGAAGAUCCUUUACAGUAGUGAGAAAGAGAUAAAACCUCCACUGAGGGGACGUGGGAAGGGGGCAUGGGACAAAGAGAACUUUAGGAAGAUUGAGGAGAAUAUGCCCAAAGCCAUAGAUGAUUUGGACCAAACCCUGAAGAAAAGAAAAAUGCCGAAAGCCCCAGGGCGGGGCAAGGUUGUGCCUUUGUGGCAUCCUGUGCAUCUGCAGACCCUCCCUGUGACUGUGACCAAGCCAGAGAACAAGGGGAGAGACAUCAAACCCAAAGCCUCCUCUCAUCAGGUGACAUCAAGGCAAACAAAAAAUCAGAGAGCUCAGAAAACCCCAAUCAUAACAGUGGGAAGAACUCCAGUGGUCAAAAUAUCAGUACACACAGGGCCUCUCAGUAUAAAACAAAAGACCCCAAAGAGUCAUAGUCUCAGAAGUGACACAUCAAAACAAGCAAGGGAAAGGGACCUGAAUGUGACCGUCAGUCUUAAUACUGAUAGAUCAAAGCACCAAUCACAGACAAUGACAAAUGAGAGGACACACCCUGCCAGCUCACCAAUGCCAAAAUCUGGGAAAGCCUUCGCCUUAAAUAAAACUGAGACUCAGAGUAAAGAACUAAAUGCAAAUAAACAAAAUGCUAAUAAUGGGCUUCCUUUUUCCAAGUUCACUGCCAAUUCAAAUCAUUUAAAAAAGCAAUCUAUUAAUGAGACACAGUUGGGAGGCUUGCCAAAAGAUGGUGGAGCUAAUGUGGCUCAUGGAAAAAAACUCAAUUUAUCUGAAAGUCAUGUUGUGAUAAUAACCAAGGAAGAGGAACUAAAGACAGACACCAAAGAGAUCCCCAAUUAUAAAACCCAAACUAUAUUUCCUAAACUAUUGGAUGAAAGCCAAGGUAAACACAUUUCCAAGAAUAAAAGUAAGGCAUCUUUCUCUUCAUUUGCUCUACAAAAAGUAACAGUAUCUCAAACCAACCAACCCUUAGCUGGUGGCUUAGAGUUAGCAAGAAUUAACUUGACUGCCGCAGACCAGCCUGCAGAAUACAACCAAAGUCAUAUAAAAGCCCUUUCACCUGAAGACCAUGGAAUGCACCAUGUAUUAAAAAUUGAUGUGACACUUUCUCCAAGGGACCCUAAAGCUCCAGGUCAGUUUGGACGUCCUGUAGUUGUUCCCCAUGGAAAGGAGAAGGAGGCAGAAAGACGAUGGAAAGAAGGAAACUUCAAUGUCUAUCUUAGUGAUUUGAUCCCAGUGGACAGAGCCAUUGAAGACACAAGACCUGCUGGGUGUGCAGAGCAGCUAGUUCACAAUAACCUCCCAACUACCAGCGUCAUCAUGUGUUUUGUGGAUGAGGUGUGGUCCACGCUCCUGCGGUCCGUUCACAGUGUACUCAAUCGCUCUCCUCCACACCUCAUCAAGGAGAUCCUGCUGGUGGAUGACUUCAGCACCAAAGACUACCUCAAAGAUAAUUUGGAUAAAUACAUGUUGCAGUUUCCAAAAGUUCGAAUUCUUCGUCUCAAGGAGAGACAUGGCUUAAUAAGAGCCAGGCUGGCAGGGGCACAGAAUGCAACAGGUGAUGUGUUGACAUUUUUAGAUUCUCAUGUGGAAUGUAAUGUCGGUUGGUUGGAACCUCUGUUGGAAAGAGUUUAUUUAAGUAGAAAGAAAGUAGCAUGUCCAGUAAUCGAAGUCAUCAAUGAUAAAGAUAUGAGUUACAUGACGGUGGACAGUUUUCAAAGAGGAAUCUUCGUGUGGCCCAUGAACUUUGGUUGGAGAACAAUUCCUCCAGAUAUCGUUGCACAAAACAAAAUUAAAGAAACUGAUGUAAUAAGGUGCCCUGUGAUGGCAGGUGGAUUAUUUUCUAUUGAUAAAAAGUACUUUUUUGAACUUGGAACAUACGACCCUGGCCUUGAUGUUUGGGGUGGAGAAAACAUGGAGCUCUCAUUCAAGGUGUGGAUGUGUGGAGGUGAAAUUGAGAUCAUACCCUGCUCCCGAGUGGGUCACAUAUUUAGAAAUGACAACCCAUAUUCCUUCCCCAAAGACCGUAUGAAGACGGUGGAGCGGAACCUGGUGCGGGUGGCCGAAGUCUGGCUUGAUGAGUAUAAGGAGCUAUUCUAUGGCCAUGGAGAUCACCUCAUAGACCAAGGGUUAGAUGUUGGCAACCUCACCCAACAAAGAGAACUUCGAAAGAAGCUGAAGUGUAAAAGUUUCAAAUGGUACUUGGAGAAUGUCUUUCCUGACUUAAAGGCUCCCAUUGUAAGAGCUAAUGGUGUGCUUAUUAAUGUAGCCUUGGGAAAAUGCAUUUCCAUUGAAAACACCACAGCCAUUCUGGAAGACUGUGAUGGGAGCAGUCAGUUUCAGCAAUUUAAUUACACGUGGUUAAGACUCAUUAAACAUGGAGAAUGGUGCUUAGCUCCCAUCCCCGAUAAGGGAGUCCUAAGGUUGCACCCUUGUGAUAACAGAAACAAAGGACUGAAAUGGUUGCAUAAAUCAACAUCAGUCUUUCGUCCAGAUCUGGUGAAUCACAUUGUUUUUGAGAACCAUCCUCAGUUGUUAUGCUUGGAAGGAAAUUUUUCUCAGAAGUCCCUGAAAAUAGCUGCGUGUGACUCAAUGAAGCCUUAUCAAAAGUGGAAAUUUGAAAAAUAUUAUGAAAUCUGAAGGAGAACUAAUGUUUUUAUCUAGUAAACUCAUUAGAUACUGUGAUAAUAACAGUGAACUGGGUGACUGUAUUUCUCAGUGGUAGUUUCAAUUUUAAUUUUAGAAUUGGAAUGAAAGAUUUUCAAAAAUCACAGUAUUUGGAAUAGCAAAAUAUAACUCAGGGAAAUGGUCCAGCGUUGGACUGGAGUCCUUCUCCAGCACUCAGUGGCCUAUUGAGUUGCUUGCUUCCCAUCCUGUGCUGGACUUCAUCUGGCAAGUUUCCCCCGGCAAGCUCGUAGGGGACCAGAAAUGAAGAUAAGAAGUAUUUGGGGAAGUACAUGAUAGUCAUAAUGGUGUAUUUGUUGAUAAAGAGCUUUCUUGGCCCACAGGUAGGUAUGAGAAUUUGGUCCUUUAUUAGCUCUUUUGUUCUCAAAUGAAAACUGCUUAGGUUCCCAUGGCUGGAAGAACUCAAACAGAUGCACACAGCUAUAACCCUAGAAAAAUCCCUCCAGACUACAUGGAUAUUUGCCUAACAGUUUGAAAUAAUAUCAAUCUGCUAUUGAUAAACCUAUUCAAUGGCAGGGUUUUGAUGUAGAGUAUCAUGGAAUUCUUUUUUUUCCCAGUCUGAGUCAGUGAAAAAAAAAAUCUGAGUAAGGAAAAAUAGGCCUUCAACUGCUUAUUUAAUUCUAGGCAUAAACAUUGUUUUAGCAUAUUGUGUGCUAUUGAAGCUACACUACUAAAAUAAAAGUUGAUCAUAUUGCUUACUUUCUAGAUGUAUGUGGACAUUUUAAAAAAAGUAACAGAAAAAGAGAGAGGAUCACAUCACAUUGUAGUAACCAAAAACAAUUUAAUCAUUAAACACAUACUAAUAAUGGACCAAAUGAGAAAAGCUGAGACAAAUAAACCAGAAGCAGAGCAUUGAAACAUAGUCAAUUUCAUGUGUAUGAAAAUAAUAAAAUACUGACAAGGAAAGUCAUGACGUGUUUUCCUAUGCAAAGAUGUGUCAUGACUUUCCCGAUGACCCAGUAAUUUAGAUUAAGCAGCAUUCACAGGGAUGAAGUAUGCUGAAAAAAAAAAAGUCAAAAAGAUUUCAAAGUAUAAGUAAAGUAAUUGAAAUACAAUAAAAGGGGAAGGGAGUGAGCUAAAGAAUUUUUAGAAAAAGAGUUAAGAUCAUUUUAGACUUGAUAAAGAAGAAAGGAAGUCUGGUACAUUUAUGGGGAAAGAAAAGUAAAAGCCUUGGCGUAGACCCAUGGUAACGCUACAGUUUAAGGGAAAGUUCAAAUUUAUUUGAUCCAAAGUGAACCUCUAUUCCUUUUUUUUAGAGAGAUUUUUGCUAUAAGGCAUAUGUACUUGCUGAUGAGA